ACAUGGUACAUUAAGCAAUACGUCGCCACAAGGAGAGAGUUUUACAGUCAACUGGAAGAAGUAAAGCUUUUGGAACUAUUGCUUUAGCCAUUCUGGGUUCUGCCACAGGUAAGUUAACCGAGUUGCAACAUUCCACUCAUCCAGCAGAGCUUACCAAGGGAUUGCAUCUCAGCACAUAAGGCAGAUGACAAGUGGAUUAAAAGGACCUGACCACCUUGGAUAUUUAUUUUUUCUUUGUAUCAGACCUAAUGUUAAAACUGUUGCAAAACUGAAGGAACAAACUGAGUUUUCUUGUCUGUGUGGAUGCAACUGUGUGGUGCUAUUGCUUCAAACAAGUUUGUCAGCAUAACAGUGAAUACCUAGGGACCCCGGAAUGAAUUGAAAGCUGUUUUUUUUUUUUUUUUUUUUUUUUUUAAUUGUUCCUAUGACCUAAAAUUGCCGGACUCAACAGAACUACUGUUUGCUGAUGCAAGAGAUUCAUAAAGCUAAUAAGUCAGGAAGUCCCGUAAAACUCCAGGCAUAACACCACUGUAUGUAUACAGUAUCACAAUGUCUCUGGCACUACUUGGAUUGAAUUGCAUCAUACCGUCCUGUGUCUAUAAACUGUUGAAGCAAACCAAGUGAGAAGGCUGUGAAGUUCUGAAAUAGAUAGUUUAAACCCUUUCUUAAGUGUCUUGCCCCCAUAUAUUUUUCUGAACUCUCUGAGCAAAAAUAGUGUGAAAGUUGUUGGAGUAAUUUGGGCUUAAUUUAACACGGUUGCGAACAAGUUAUCUGACAAGGUGCUUGGCAACAGAAAACUUGUUGAGCGUGUGAUCGGCCCCUUGGGUCAGAGCCUAAAGCGGCAGAUCAAAGCUGGUGUAGGGGGUGUAAAGUAGGGCGGUCGCGUGCGCCUUCUUGGCUCUCAUCUAAAUGUAUGGAGUGGAUGGGGGGGAGUAGUAGAAAGUCUGUAGCACCUUCUUCUGGCUGUCUGCGUCUAAACACACACUAAAAGAAGCUCGCAGAGGGAGGCUGCCCAACACGUACACACUCUGUGAGUAGCUGAGCACAUUUAAAGUGUGCAGAGGACCACCACAGUGCAGUGACCAGAAGUACUAAACCCUGACAUAAAGACUCUCCACAGAGAUGACAAUGGAUGGGUCAGCUCACAAUGAAGGCUUGCACUGCAUCAUGAUACAGAGGGUUACUCUGACUUUGCUUCUAUGGGGUAGUUGUGGUUGGCUCAUCUCAAACUGUGAAGGCCAAGACUUGUUUCCACCAACUACUGUCGCAAACUGCUCCUGUAAACUUGGCCAUGGGAAGUGUGCUGAAGAUGGUGACUGCAGAUGUGACCCAGGUUGGGGAGGGCCCUUUUGUGAGGACUGUGUCCGGAUGCCCGGCUGUGUUCACGGCUCCUGUCAUCAGCCAUGGCAGUGCACCUGUUUGGAUGGCUGGACAGGCCGCUUCUGUGACAAAGAUAUUCAUGUGUGUGAAAACGAGAAGCCUUGUCAAAAUGGGGCCACCUGUUUUCUAAAUGAUGCGGGAGAGUACAACUGUUUGUGUCCUGAAGGCUUCCAUGGAAAAAACUGUGAGUUAAAGACCGGGCCGUGCCAUAAAAUCAAGUCCCCCUGUAAGAAUGGUGGCUUAUGUGAGGAUCUAGGUGGAUUUGCACCUGAACUGUCGUGUCGAUGCCUAGCCGGCUUCACAGGACCUCGCUGUGAAACCAACAUGGAUGACUGCUUGAUGCGCCCCUGUGCAAAUGGUGCCACUUGUGUGGAUGGCGUGAACCGCUUUUCAUGCCUGUGCCCUGCUGGGUUCACUGGCCGUUUCUGCACGGUCAACCUAGAUGACUGCGCUAGUCAACCAUGUCUCAAUGGAGGUCGUUGUAUAGACCGCGUCACCAACUUUCACUGCCUGUGUCCUGCUGGAUACAUGGGUCGAACUUGUGAGGUUCCACUUGGGGAAAAGGGUCUCCAAACCCAAGCACCACACAGGGGCACCUUUGGCUGGGGAGGAGGAGGAGGGCUCCCAGAAAUCUCCAAACUACCCCACAUUACUCCAAAUAAGCCACACAUCUACACCUCAGGAAACUACUCCCAUGGGGUUACAACCAGUGGGGAUAAGGGCCAUCUGUUGAAAAUUUCUGUAAAGGAGGUAGUGACUCAGAGUGCAGCAUCAGGACUCUCGGAGGAACAUUUUAUAAUCUUGCUGGUAUUAGGAGGCCUGACUCUGGCUGUGGUGGCACUUACAGCUGGCCUGGUGCUACGAGGACACUGGCAGAAUUUCUGUGUCUGCAGUCAUUGUAGAGCGCCGACCUCCAAACAGCAUUCAUUCCAGCGAUGUCGCACGCAGCAGCGCCACUUAGCGGCAACUCAACAGGACUGCAAGAUCAGCUUCCUACACUCAUGUGCUCCACCUGAGCUGGAGAAGAAGAGACUAAACACAGAGGUCAUAUGAAGAUACCGGGAAAAAAGAAUGCUUGACUGCUCAUAAUAAAGAUGGGUCAUGUUUAAUGAAAAAGGGUCUUGUUUCUGUUUAUGACCUUAAUGACCCAGUCACACCAGCUGUCUUUGAAGAGGCGAAUGAGCCAGUUAAAGUGCAGGUAAACUGAAAGAAUAAGAAACAGUCCUUAAGGGAGCAUCAGUGAGAAGCACUCCACAGAAAAAAGAGCACUUGACUAACCAUCGUGGACUAAAUGAUGCCAUGAUGGCGCAUACAGCACUGAAGAAGUAUUAAGACAAAAAUGUGUAGAAAGGACUAGAGGAAUGUUUUAUUAGGACACAAUCUUCAGUAGGACUGCAAUGAAGAAAAGUACUGUACUAUUCCUAUUUUAUACAAAAAAAAUACUCCCCCCCCCCCCCCCCCCCCCAUCCUACAUAAACAAAAACAUUUUGCUAUUAAAUCUAAAUCAUUUCGUUUGUUUCAGUGCCCCAAGUGGUCUCAGAUUGAAGAUUCUCAGUGAACACAACAAAUCAUCUCAGACUCCUCUAAAGUGACCCACAGUGUACUGUUUUCGCGUAGUGGUUCAUUUUGUGGUCUAUUUGAUUUGUGCAUUGUGAAAACAAAGUGGUCUCUGUCCUCUUCACAUUUUGCUUUUGCAUUUGAGUAUUCGGUCUAAUCUGACUCAAAAAUCGCAUUUGCUACAGGGGGAUAGUAAAGAACUACACAGGAGCUAUUAGUGUAGACUUCUCACAGUCUUCAAAUGUAGAUAUUGUCUAUAUGGAGAUAAUUGCCUUGUAAAUGAUAAUUGAAUAUUUGUGUUGUUUUAUAUAUGUGUAUAAUGUGUUUUUUUGCACAAAUGUUGGAAGAUGUAUUAUGGGUCCAAGCACAUUGUGCCUGGAGACUUCUUGUUCUUGUUUUGUGUUGGGGCCUGGAAACACAAAAUUAGACAGAAAGGUGCAUUACCCCCAAUAUUCAGGCAAGUAAGGGGACCUUGAUCAGUCUCAUAGUGGCCCUAUAGCACAGUGUUUGUUUGUUUGUUUAAUUGCUUUUUGUUUAUUUUGCCCAUACCGUAUUGGAUUUUUUUAAAUUAAUUUGCAUAAUAUGCUAAACUUAUCAUUGCACCUCUAGAUCUCUAGCAAAAAUGUUGACAUUUCCAAACAAUAUGACCACAUAUGGAUGUGGAUAACACCUGAAGACUUUAAUGGAUUCUCAUUAAACUUGAAAGUCUACAGCAAGUGAUUUUAGGGGAUAUCGUUACGUAUAGGCUGCAUUUGUCAACCAGGGUUACUAUAAUAUUCAAAUAACUGCUUCUCAACAAUUUCUUUUAGAAGUAGGUUGACGAUUUUCAUGCUGAAUCUUUGUGCUUGUCUCUAAGGUUGUCAGGGAUAAUGUGAUAAAUUUAAAAACAGGAAUGGUGUCAGUCAAAAAUUCAGCUAGCCUUUAACAGGCUUACCAUUUGACAUGCUACAAGUAAUGUCUUCUUUGGUUUUGGAAUCUGUAUCUCUAGAGUCACCAACAGGCAUAAAGUUGAGCUUACAUUUCAACUGUUAUUUCUGGCCCAUAUUAUUUAAUAUGAUAAUCAUUAUAUAAAACAUCUGGUUAAUUCUGUUCAAAUGACAAGCAGAUUAAGGUGAACAAAAAAUAUCAAACGGAUUCACAAUAUCAAUAUUUGGAGCAAAGAUGCCAAAAAAUAAAGGCCAUAUAUAUGCAGUUCUUACUGUUCUGACAUAAAUCGUGGUAUUAUUUGGCACCACAGCCUGAGGGUGCCCAAAUUGUUUUGUUAUUUGACCACAAUGUGGUCCUAAGAACAUGCAUAUAACUGAACAUAACUUUAUGAAGCAUUUGCCUAAACUCACGUUUUGUUCCUCCUGAAUGCCUGGAACACAAUGUAUUCAAUGUAUGUAAAAGUUUCCUUGUCACCUUGUUGAAUUAUCUGCCAUUCUGAAUUUGAACAAAGUCAAUCUUUUAUUAUUCUGCAUGCAGAUUUUCACGAAACAUAGCUUGAUGAGAUCCAGACUGUGCCAGACAAACAUACAUACAUAUAUAUAUAUAUAUAUAUAUAUAUAUAUAUAUAUAUAUAUAUAUACAUAAAAUUUCGCUUGUGAUUUGAUACCCGUCAGCCACAAUGACAUCGAUGACAAUUUCACAUCUCUUUUAUUCAUUGACACUGAUAUUUGUAAUUCGCUUAAGAGGACUAAAUUCCUUUUGUCAUUUGACAAUUAAGUGGUGCUACAUUUAAAGAAGUGAGAUCAUAUCUCAUGAACAAUUUCUUCUGCUGACACCUUUUCGUCUUUGACACUAUUCCCACUACCCACAAUAUUGCACGUUAUUUGGCCUAACAGGAAGAGUGAGUCUAUAUUUCUUCAACACUUUUGUGUACUGGCACUGAACUUGAUACGUAUCACUAAACAUUAGACAUGUUCUCUGAUGUGCAGAUAGAUCAAUAGGGGGCACUAUGACAAUAAAUGCAAUGUUGGACUCACUUGGGAAAUAAUACUUGGACCCCAGUGAGCAUCACUUGCGGUUAUAUUUUUUUAUUAUCUUAGUGUCAUUGCAACUCUUUAGAUAAAUCACUUCAGAAAAACUUGACAAAAUGUGCAGUUCAUCCACGGAUGUACAGUUAUAUAGGAUCAACUGUAUUUUCAAAUAUAAAUAUAAUUUAUUUCUGUAAAUUAUUGGUGUAAUGUGUACUUGAGUACAGUAUUUGAAUGUGUAUUUUUGAUACUGAGUAGAUACUGAGUUGUAUUAAAAUUGUAGAGAAUGAUGAAGUUCUCUUGUAAAAUAUUUAAAGGAUAUACCUGACACCUUUAUGUAAUGCCACAUCAUACAUCAUUUGUUUCUGACUGAACUGAUGACAUCAGACUUCAUGGCACUUGCAGGUAAAGCAAAAGAUUUUUGUAAUCCUCAGUAUUUAUGGUCAGAAAGAAAUGUGAUUUAUUUAUAUGAGUUCAUCGGUUCCUUUUUCAUGACACAAAGCAAUAACCAGGUAUUUUGUAGCCAUGGUCUUCUUUUCUUUGUUGCCAUGCUCGGUAACAGCAAGCUGGUGGAUUAAAUGUUGAUGGUCCUUAAA